AUGAGUCCAGCUUGGUUAACUCACUCUCUGUUUUCCAAGGUUCGGGCUGAAAAUCCGGAUGCACAGCUAUGGGAUAUUGGUAAGAUCAUCGGACAGAUGUGGAGAGACAUCUCAGAUGCUGACAAGGCUGUAUAUCAGCAUGAGUAUGAAAUAGAAAAGGCUGAGUACGAAAAAGCCUUCAAAGCUUAUCAAAAUUCUCAUGCAUACCAGCAGUACAUCAAUGCAAAGGUGACUUCUGAUAUUUUCUUCAAAUAA